AUGUCUUCUCCUCUCGCUGAGCAGACUGAUUUUGCGAACACUGAAACGGCCAGUCGACAAUAUCGACCCCAGAUACAAAUCUUGAAUGUUGAAACAGAAGAGGAACGCUUUCCUCCUAGUGAGGAUUCUGGGCCAACUGUAUCUUCUUGGAGGUGUAACUUGGCGGCCCUCUCACAACGCCGAAAUUUGCUUUUUACAGCUCAUGUCGACGACAUUUACGUAUGGAUUCCCAGUGGACCCCGCCAGCUCCUUGGCUCCCAGCCCGAGAUGAUCAUCCACCCAGUGAUGAAGGAACCCAACGCGCCUGGAUACAUUGAUCGUUCCAGACCUCACACAAUCAAUCAUAUCAUUGUCGACGAUUUGGGGGUAGAUGAGGUCUUGCUGUUAGCGACAGACUCUGGAAACGUCACUGGCUACAAUGUCGAGGCUAUUUUUUCAGCAAUCAAUAGGAACACCAAAUAUGGAGGCAGCCGACCAUUUGAUGCGCAUGAAGUCAAACCUUUCUUCGUUGAACAUGUUCAGUUAAGUGCAUGGGGCUUGGCCAUCCACAAAUUUGCUCGGCUGAUUGCCGUGAGCGCGAACACAGGCGUUAUCACAGUCUUUGCUUUCGCGUUGGUGGAUGUUGAGUCUGACAGUGAUGUUAGCACUCCCGGUUCUUAUGACAUCUCAAAUGCGGGGUGCUCUGAUGUGUUAGAAAACACAUGGGUAUCAAUAGACAGUGCACAGUCAAUGGAGGAGCUGAAAAAGGACAUGCCCCAUCAUCGAACACGCAACCUACGCCUCAGCUAUAGGGGCCAUUUCGACAAUAUCCCGUGCGUGUCAUUUGCCAACUUUGAAUUGGACCCUAACGGCCUGUGGAUGGUCAGCACCGAUAUCCUAAACCGAGUCUUUGUAUGGAGAGUCUGGGACAAUCUGGCACCUGUCAAAACAUCCACUUAUGAUUAUUCAAGGGGUGGUCGAGAGCAAAGGGGCUGGUUUGUCUUGCCUUUGCAUCCUCGCAGAGCUCAGCAGCACCGCUACAAGUUUGAUGCCUGUGGAUGCGAACCACAUCCAAAAAUCAUGAAUGGUCGGAUGGUUUUUGACGUGUCUACUACGGCCAAUCAUGUCGCAGAAAGAUCCACUCUCGCUGCUAAGAAAGUCAAUGAUGAGAAAUAUGCAACAAUUUCGAGCCUGUUUCUGCCAGACGACUUUUUCCCUCCUGACUUUUCAGUUCUCAAUGAAUCUCAACCACAACGAUCGAGCUCAGAGCAUAAUCAUACAGCUCUAGAAACCUCUGGAACUACGUCUUCUGCCACUGGCAGUGGCAGCAUUGAUAUAAGCGCUCAAGGAUCACAAGAGAGUAAGGUGGCUUCACCCCGUCAAUCGAUUCGUGCAAGACGUGGUAUUACUAGUUUGGUCGAAGAAGAAAAUGAGCAAUACUAUGUGGAUCAUGAUAUCGAUGUGGAUGCUCUGAGAUGCUUUGUAUCCCAUCCGCGCAACCCUCGAUUUUUUCCUAUUCUCCACUUCUCUGGAAAUAACAUCACUUUAGAUCCUUAUCCAUUAGACCAUGGGUCGCGAACGCUCUCUCGGUCUCCUCUUCAGUCACUAAUAGAAUAUUCUAUGUUCUCUGCCUGUGAUCGCUUAAACUUGGUCAAGUACCUCCCUGAACUUGGGAUCGUUAUUGCCGCCUCCCAGGCCGGUGGGGUUGCCAUCAUCACUCUUACAUGGCAGGAGGAAAUUGGCCACACCUUUCGCCUAGAUUGGCUUCUGCCUUUCCCCGCCCAGGAGCCGGAUGAUGAUUUCCCAACACCACCUCUCAUGGGUAUUGCUGCAAGCCCCAUGCCUGGUUUUGAGAUACCACCGGAUAUCCCUUGCAUCCCUCGGGAUGUCGACCCUACAGAUCGGUUGAGAUUCAACCACCGUCUGCUCAACCCAGAUAAAGAUGAGCCUUGUGUCGCAAACCCGCCCGAACGCGGGACUUCCACUCCCUCUGAGCCGGACCCUUACACCCACUACCCAAACCUCACGAUUCCUGAAACCCACGCCUAUGCCUCGGACAUCUACCAACCUCAUGAGACCUGGCAUGGUUACCACCCUUCCCGACAUUACAGGUUGCUUUUGCUAUUCUGUGAUCUCAAGGUCAUGAGCUAUGAGUUCUGGCACGACUGGCGAGGUUGA